GUCAGGCACUGUGGGAGGGAACACCAGAGCGAGCUGAGGAGGCGAGCUGGUCCGUGAGGUGCCACCUCUGGGCUGCAGGUGGGACUGAUUCGGGCGGCCGCGGUGAGAGCGAAGGGGCGAGUGAGCCCCCGAGCUGGGUGAGCGCGGUCACCAUGGACCGCCCGGAUGAGGGGCCUCCGGCCAAGACCCGGCGCCUGAGCAGCUCCGAGUCUCCAGAGCGCGACCCGCCGCCGCCGCCGCCCCCUCCUCCGCUGGUGCGACUGCCUCUGCCUCCGCUCCAGCAGCGUCCAUGGCUCCGUGAGGAAACCGAGGCGGCACAGGUGCUGGCUGACAUGAGGGGGGUGGGGCAGGGCCCUUCGCUGCCCCCGCCGCCGCCCUAUGUCAUUCUUGAGGAGGGAGGGGUCCGCGCCUAUUUCACCCUGGGUGCUGGGGGACCCGACUGGGAGCCUGCGAUCGAGUCGGGGUACGGGGAGGGGCCCCCUCCCAUGGGCAGCCUGGAAACCCUGCCGCCUUCCGAGGCCUCGGGGGGCAGUGUGCAGAUCGACGUUCAUGUUGCAGAGCCCAGUAGCCUCGCAGGAGAGAAAGCCCUAGAAACCUGUAGCACAGGGGUGUGGGGCUCCAAGAGGUUGAUCGGUCCAAAGAGAAAGGAGGAGGCCGUCAUCAUAGUGGAGGAUGAGGAUGAGAGUGAGAGUCUGAGGAGGCGGAGGAGAAGGAGGAGAAGGAGGAAGCAGAGGAAGAUGAAGAAAGCAAGCAAGGAGCGGAAUGGGGAUGGGGAGAGGAUGGCGAGCAUCCUGCAGGCACUGGAGAGUAUUCAGAUGGACCUGGAGGCGGUGAACAUCAAGGCGGGCAAGGCCUUCCUCCGGCUCAAACGCAAGUUCAUCCAGAUGCGAAGACCCUUCCUGGAACGCAGAGACCUCAUCAUCCAGCAUAUUCCUGGCUUCUGGGUCAAAGCAUUCCUCAACCACCCCAGAAUUUCAGUUUUGAUCAACCAACGCGAUGAAGACAUUUUCCGCUACUUGACCAAUUUGCAGGUACAGGAUCUCAGACAUAUCUCCAUGGGCUACAAAAUGAAGCUGUACUUCCAGACAAACCCUUACUUCACAAACACGGUGAUUGUGAAGGAGUUCCAGCGGAGCCGCUCUGGACGGCUGGUGUGUCAUUCUACCCCGAUCCGCUGGCACCGGGGUCAGGAACCCCAGGCCCAGGGUCGUAGGAACCAGGAUGCCAGCCACAGCUUCUUCAACUGGUUCUCGAGCCACAGCCUCCCAGAGGCCGACAGGAUUGCUGAGAUUAUCAAGAAUGACUUGUGGGUUAACCCUGUGCGCUACUACAUGAUGAAAGAAGGGGGCUACAGGACAAACAGAAAGAAGCAAGAACGGAAAGAAAGGAAAGCAAAGCGUAAUUUUGAGGUGGUGAUCAUGGAAGAUGGUCAUGACUUCUUCGCGGUUGAAAAUGUCUUCAGCGAGAUCUCAGACAUCGAUGAUUCCACUGACAACGAGACCGUUCAUGACAUCAAGACCUCUGACUUCAUGGAGACCACUGACUACUUCGAGAGCACCGACAACGAGAUAGCUGACGCCCACGACAGUCUCUGUGACAGCGAGAGCCCAAUCCCUCCGGAGGCCAUCAAGCACGUGAGCAGCGACAGCAGCGAGAGCACAGAUGACAGUGAGAGCGCCGAUGACAACAGUGACCACCCAGAAAACAAGAACACCGAUGACACCAAGAAUCUCAGCCAGGACUUUUAUGACAACCAGUACACUGCUGGUUACAGCAGCCUCAGAGGUGUGUAUCCGAGCAGCCUUGGCCACAACCAAGAUAGCAGUGAGAGCGAUAAUGAGGCCAGUGAUGAUGAAGAUAAUGAUGGCAAUGAAGGUGACAAUGAAGGCAGCGAUGACGAUGGCAAUGAAGGUGACAAUGAAGGCAGUGAUGAUGACGACAGAGACAUCGAGUACUACAGGAGGGCCAUUGAUGACUUCGACAAGAAUCAGCACAACAGCAUCCACCAGGAAGACUAUGAGGAUGAAGUAGAGAUCAUCUCUGAAGACUCAGUGGAGGAAGAUGAGGAGGAGGAAGAAGAGGGCAAUGAGGAAGGCGGCGAGCAAGGAGGCGGCGUCAGCUAUGAGGAGCAGCAGAGCUUCGAGGACGACGAAGGAGGCGAGAUGCACUCCGAAGACUCAGACGUCGAGGAGAUGCCUCGGCUCGCCAACAUGUGGGGCCACCUGGGCAAGAGGGGGAAAACCGGCUAAACACCUUACCCUCGCGAGGGUCACCUCUCCUUAGCCCCCCUCUCCUUCCCCCAUCCGCCCUCCCCCUCAGCUAGGGCCACGCGGCCCCACAUUGCACUUCUGGGGGGGUGACCGACUUCGUACACGGGUUUAAAGUUUAUUUUUAUGGUUUAGUAAUCGCAAAGUUCUUAUUUUGGGGGGGAGGCAGGGGGGAUUUCCCCCCUCUCCCUUUUUCUGGGCCCUCCUCUCCCACAAGCUUCUGUGUGCUGCUAACUGUAUUUAUUGUGAUGCCUUUUGGUCAGGGCCCCUCCACCCCCUUUCUCCUCGUUAGUGUUGACCUUUCUCCGUGCAGUGUGGAGUGGACCCCCUGAUCCCCCGCAAGGAGGGCCGCCGUGGCCUUCUUUGCAGCAGCGCAGUGGCCUUAGAGGUCUGACUGCCACCUUGUUUCCCCAAGUCUUUUUUCUCUCGCCUCCUUUUUUCCCAGCUGCGUCAGCUAGCCCGCCUCGGUGUCUAUGCAAGGCCGUUUCGCCACUGCGAUAUCCCUGCCCCACCCCGACCCCCAGAAGCCCCUUCUCUUUCCCUGUGACCCCCAGUAAUCCUAAUAAAAAUCUGAGCAAAUUCAAAAAG